AUCAGAUGCUAUCUACUGCGAAGUUUGCUGUGGGUGGUGCUUUUAAAGUACAAGAUUAAAACAGUGAAAAAUAUGUCAACAUUACUAGAUUCAGGUUCACAAUCUCAUUUGAAUGAAGUUAAAGACAAUAGCGAAGGCAGCGAGGAAACAACAAAAAGUAUUAAGUACUUUAGUUCCCCCUGCAGAAGACCACAAAGAGGAGAGAGAAGGAGCAGUUCGGCGCCAGAAAGGAGGCUCCUUUCUAGAUCUAGCAGCAGUAGCAGCGGAAAUAGCAAGAUAAAUUCUGCUAGAAAAUCCCCAGAAGCGGAAUGUUCUGGCCAAAACAAGCAAUGUAAAAGCAGUAAAAGUUCCGCUUGGAAAACGUCGAAAUUUUUCAGCAGGACACUUUCAUCGGGAGAGCUGUUGAGGAGCUUAAAGAAAUUAUCUCUAUCAUCCAGUAGCGAAGAGACUGAAUGUAAAUUGAGCGAAACUAAAUUAUUUAGAAGUCGUGCAUCGUCCAGGAAAAAGGUUAACAACGAAGAGAUUUCAAUAAGAUUAGAAACAAGAUGCACAACAGUUAGCGAUUGCGGCAAUAAAAAAUCGAUUCAAAAAGAAGGUAUUGUAUGCAAAAAGGAAGAUUUGAUGAAUCUUAUUUCGGAAGCCACUAAAAGAAAACCGGGAAGUUCUCCACUAAGCAGAAGAGUCCCUUUAAGACAGACAAGGUCCGCUUCUUACGAGAGUCCUAGGGAGUUUAGAAGCUGUAAAGCUCCUGUGCAGAGGAGUGGAAGCGAAGAAUGUAGACCAAAAAGUAAUCUGUUUUCAGACGAAGAAGAUAAGAAUACUCCAAUAGAAGUGAAAAUAGAUUCGAAAGAAGAAACGCCACCAGAAAUUCAAGAUGCCAAAGAAGAAGAGAAAGAAGACGAACAAGAACAAGAGGAACAAAAUGAACUUUCCGAGGAAGAAGAUAAUGACGAAUCCUUAUCAACAGUUCAAUGGGAUGAAGGAGCUUAUAUAGAUGCAGUUUUGAUAGGCGAUGCUAUUGAAACGUUCCUGAAAGGAUCUAUGGGAUCUUACGAAAAAAGAGUAUCCUUCAAAAAAAGUUAACUACUAAGUGCUAUUAGAUAUAAAUUAGAGUUGGUUUUAUAUUGAUUUCAGUAUCUUUAAAAUGAUAUUGUGAAACUGUAGAAAGGAUAAUAAGUAUUAUGUAAAUAAUAUCAGCCAAACUGUCAUCAACGUAUUAACCCAUUAAGCAUAAAUUAUUCGUGCAAAUUAUUCUAUUGUGAAAUGAAUAUUUUAAUUAACCACAGAGGAAAUGAAAUUUAGAGUCGGUAUGAUAAAUUACAAACUUGUGUUUAUACGGGUAUUUUAUUUAUUACGUUAGAAAAUUUAGUUAUCUGGAAAGGUCGUUAAUUUGUGUGUGUGUGUAGAUUAUAUGUGAGUAUAGAUUGUGUGUAUAUAUCUAUAGGCCUAUAUUUUACAAAUUUCUGUGUUUUAGAUAUCGAUGCGCAUAAAACUGUGCUAAAAAGAAACAUUUACUGUUCUUGCUACAUAAUAAGAACAUCUUACUGUUUAUAACGUGAAAGGAAAAUCGAAUGUGUGAUUUUGAAAUUAUUUGAAGUUGUUAGUAUGGAUGAAACGUGAAUUGGCAGUUUACAAAAAUAGCUUGAAUUGUUUCGAAAUUUAAAAUUUUGUAAUCUAAGAAAGGUUAUUUUAUAGAGGCUAACGGGAAAGUCUAGCUAUUUUUUUUUUUUUUUUUUUCGAAAGUUUUUAUAACGAACACAUAUCAAUCAUAGGAUGUUAGCAUUAUAUUAUGAUCGAUCGAUCGAUGAACUCUCGCUAAUAUACGAGGAAACAAUCGUGUUUUAAUCCUUGUUUACCCCUUUUUGAUAUCAGUGGUUUCAUCCCGACUGAUCCUGAGUAGUUACCAUGGUUACGAGAAGAGGGAGAGCAAACUGAUAGGAAUUCAAGACGGAAAGGGGUUAGUACUCUAAUCAUUCCAUAUAAUCGUUCUUGAACCACUUUAAGCAAACCUUUUUAAUGUAUCGAUCGAUCAAAAAAUCUCUUCUUUGUAUUCAAUAGAAAAUCUACUAAAAAUGACAAACACUCGUUCCAUCAAGUGUUAGUCCCGUAUAAUCAAAAUCGAUUUUUCUUUCGAUUUAAAUUCAACAGAAUUAUCAAUAGACUUUUUUUAAAAAAGAAAAACAAAUAGAUAUACUUGCGAUAUCGAAAAUAUCGUCAGUAAUUUUUUUUAUCGUUUUAAAAGAGAAUUUAAUCUAAACAAUUUUUUAAAAAAUAUUUUCACAGAAUAUUUUGAUUUUAGAAAAUUAAGAGUAAAGUGUUAACAGUAACCUAAUUGGCAAUAGCAUCGUCUGCUUAUAACUGAAGUAAACUUUUUUAAAUGCAGUUUAAACAGUUUAAUGUUGUUUAUUCUGCAAUAUAAACAUUUACUUUUUAUUGUCAUAAAUAUCCCAAAGCUUAGAAUUCCAUUAAGUUCCUUAAAAACUUGUUUUUAUUAUUAUUAUUAAAAAUUCACCGAAGAAAAAUAUAUUAUUUUAAAAAUACUUUUACUAGUAUUGCAAUAAAAAACACUGU